AGAACAUGUUAUUCUUAGCGUACACACAGCUCGGGCCCUCCUACCGACACCAUUGUGUAAAUAAUUAGCUCUCUUAUAAACGUACUGCUAGAACACAUGAAGAAAUUCCGAGGCAGAUUAAUACAGACUUGAUAUUUUAACCGGAUAAUUGACUACUGGGCUGUUUCAAGCCUGGGUUCCGACGCUGGGAUCGUGGUGUAGUGUGGGUAUUGACAGAGCUGUUUGUUUGUGUGUGACACUACCGAGAAACAGUUCGUGAUCAGGGUGACAGCCCGUACUGGUCUAUUGGGAACUUUUCAUGUGGUACGGGAGAAACAUUACGGAUACUGGCGUUUCGCGUGUGGAGCAAGUUCUAUCGACAUGGUAUGUAUGUUGAUGUUAGAUUGACGGCUGUGACACACCCUGGGGGUUAAUCAGACUUAGCCAAAAGCCAUACAAAUAUGGCGCUCAUGUCUUCAAAGGACCUCAUGUCCGAGGAUGAAUUAAUAAAAAGGCUGGAGAAGCUCUCUCGUAACUAUGACUUAGCGACCAUGAAGAUAUUCAUAGCAGUGGAAAGUUUAGGUGAAAGUUUAGUAUACAGUACUUACAACAACGAGCGAAGGAACAAAUGGGAGUUCUUUCUCACAAGGAAAGAAGCAUGUCGGUUAGAUCUCAACCGACAUGAGCGAACGCAAGAGAAGUACAAACAGUUUCUGUACAACACUCCGAGAGAGGAACAGGGCCGGCAGUUCCACGCCGCGGUGCUCGCCAUGAUGAGGAAGAAAGGCGCCGUGGACAUGUUUCGCCAGCUCAAGGCCUACGAUGACGUCGACACGACGUUCAGUGGACAUCUUUGUAAGCUUUUCGACCGGAAGGUGGAGACAUGGUUUGAUAGUUUUGCAGCACUUUCGGUCAACCUGGUGUCCCACGUCAAGGUCUCCACAUAUACCAGGGUCCUGAAUGGUCAAAUUGAUGCGCUGUGCAGACGUGAUGGUCAUCUCUACGUUGUCAAUGUGAAGGUCACGGGGCAGGAGACUCCCCGACCUAUAGACAUCGCUGAACUGUGUAUGUGCAAGGCAUUGAUCAUUCAGAACGGACUGGAGACCCCGGACAAGGUCCGUCUGUCUCUUCUAAUCUGUCAUCUGAACGAAGAUCGUCCAGUUCUACGUCUUUGGUCAUACAGUCCCUCGGACGAGAUGGAACAAGCAAUCAGGGAAGGUGACAUUGACAAGAUGAUCGACAGCGGGAAGACGUCCCAGUAUCAUGAGUUCUGGAAGGCCAAUGUCCAUCUUAUUGGCGAGGUCAAAACGGACCGAAUUUAUAACAUGUGAUGAUCAUCAUGCUUGUGGCUCAAGGAUGGAAUAUACAUCCGGGCAACGCCACUUCCGGCAUGGUGGAUCGUUGUGAUACAUAGUCGCUGUGGUUUACCAGUGUAGUCACUCAGAUUAUUGAUGGCCGACUGUGAUACGUUAACACUAUGGGAAUUUCGGGUGAAGGUUCGUGUUUUUGUUGUUUCAAUCGGAACAUCCAUCCCAUAUGUCAUUAAACACGGACGGAAAUGAACAGUGCAUGCGUAGAGAUUCAGGAAACUUACACGUGUUUCUGUGAAAAUAUAGAACAAUUAUCUGUCAAGAUGGAUACGGAAUGCUUGGUACAUAACCCAGCUAUUAAACGUGAGCAAUAUGAUCCACGAUAUUGUGUUAACAGAAAACUGUAUGUCAGUGCAUUGUGUUAGUAUUUAAGUAUUUGUGUUUGUUAGUGUAUAUUUAUUUUACCUUUUUCAAAAUGGGUGGCCAAACUGUCUCCAACUGUAGAUAUAGUACGAUAUAUAAUGUAUUCGUAUAUGAAUGUUAUUUAUUAAAGAAUAACAUGUAACUUAGUUAAAUAUGUGACAUAUACCCCAUAUGAUAGAUGUAGUAUGAUGCCCAGGGAUUAGAGGUUGCUAAUUGAUAUUGACAUCCAAUGAUUGAGGGGAAAAUCCAGCGACUUGAGCAUGUACUAGUUGUGUGGAUAUGUGCGCCAUAUUAAUAUCCUGUCCUAGGUGACCAGUGAAACAUUUCAAGUAUAUAAUAGUGGCUGAUACAACGGAAAGAAUUUGCCCAAUAAUGUUUGAUUAAUAGCAACUAAUAGAUUCAUAAUUUGAUAUUUCGAUGUCAUUUUCAAAAUAUGAAUAUUUGGCAGCUGUGAUUCGACAUUAUUUCAGAUAUUACAAUAUUAUCUGUUCACUAUGACUUCCAGAUCAUGAUCCGUUUCCUCAUUCAGUCUCCAGAGUUAAACUUUUAUAUACGUUAUUUAAAGCUUGUUUGUAUGUAGAUAUAUAUGUAUAUCAUGGUACUAUUCAGUUUGAAUGUUUUGCAUGUACUCCAUGUCCGUCAGAAAUCUUGUCAUUUAAAAUAAAUAGAUC